AUGUCGCCGGCGCGUUCGGACAAUAAUGUCACGGAAAAAGGCCAUGUAGAGCCAGAUGCAGAUGCUCACGGGUCGGAAGGUGCGACGCCACCAGAUGACACCGAGUCUCUGCUCCCCCGGUGGAAUCAUCCACGAUCGAAUAUCUUUCGCGUGUUCACGACGCUGUGGGUCUUCUUAGUGAUGGGCGCGAAUGAUGCCGCCUAUGGAGCGUUACUCCCAUAUCUCGAGGAGUAUUACAACAUCACCUAUAUGAUCGUAUCGCUGGUCUUCCUGUCAUCGCUGGUGGGAUAUGUACUGUCCGCCUUGAUCAACGACAAGCUGCACCUCUGGGUCGGCCAGCGUGGCGUGGGCUUCAUCGCCUCCGUCUGCCACCUGAUCGGGUACAUCAUCAGUUGCACGCGUCCGCCGUAUCCGGCUCUCGUGGUGGCCUAUAUCUUCGCCGGGAUAGCGAACGGCCUCGGUGACGCCGCCUGGAACACCUAUAUCGGCAAUAUGCAAAACUCGAAUGAGCUCCUGGGAUUGUUGCAUGGUGUCUACGGCCUGGGGGCCGUGAUCAGCCCGCUGGUUGUCACCAACAUGGUAAAGAAGGCCAACGUACCAUGGAACUACUUUUAUUUCUUUAUGAUCGGCAUCGCAGCCGUGGAGUUCAUCCUUACAUUAAUGGCAUUCUGGCGUUUCACCGGCGCCGCAUUUCGAAAGACAAGAGCGCAGACCGCCGGCGAAACCAACGCCAGCCUCCGAUCCACCUUGUUCUCCCGCCCCGCCGCGCACAUCUCCUGGGUAUGCGCCAUCCUCCUGCUUUUCUAUGUCGGCGUGGAAGUGGCUGUCGGCGGCUGGGUCGUGACCUUUAUGAUCGACGUGCGCCAUGCAGCUUAUUACGCUAGUGGCAUGACGGCGACUGGAUUCUGGCUAGGCAUCACGGUAGGGAGAGUCGUGCUGGGCUUUGUCACAGCACGCUUGGGGGUCAAGCUAGCGACGACGAUCUAUAUUUCUUGCUCCAUCGGUGUCGACCUGGUUUUGUGGCUCGUGCCCAAUUUCUAUGCGUCCGCCGUGGCUGCCGGUUUCUUGGGGUUCUUUCUCGGUCCGCUAUUCCCGGCCGUGGUGCAGGUCAUGACCGUGCUGCUGCCGAAACAUCUCCACGUCACGGCCAUUGGGUUUGUGGCUGCGUUUGGUGGCUCCGGAGCUGCCGUCAUUCCCUUCAUUGUUGGAGCUAUUGCGCAGAAUAGGGGCGUCGAGUCGCUGAUGCCGUUCGUUGUGGCUUUGUCUGUGGCGAUCUUGCUGCUGUGGAUGGCACUACCGCGGCAGGAUGGUAGUGGUUCUGUUUUUCGACCGUUGUUAGGGAAGAUAUUGCGAUCUCGGCGACAGGAUGGGAAUACGAUAUGA